AUGAAGGGAAACCAUCAAACCCAACACAUACACAUCGCAUUUACAAAAUAUCAGACAACAUCAACUUCCUCUUCCAAUAUCAACUGCGACAGACAUCAUCCCACCAGCUUUCAUCCCACCCCAACUUCGAAUACACCUACCCUCUUCAAAAGUAUACCUCCAUCACUCCCCUCCAUGAUGCCGCUCUUCGCAACUUUCCUAGCCGUCUCCCUAGUCAGCCUCUACACAGCGGGUUUCGCCACAAUAAUCAUCUGCGAUAACAACGAGAUGCAAACCUCCAAACAGGAGGAGAAAAUUGAGGAACUCCUCGGGAAGAGAGAAGAUGAGAACGAGGUACUUGACGAGAAGAGAAGAGAAGAUUUCAGCCCUGAGGAGAGUGGAGAUAUUGAGCGGACAGGAAAUGACGAGAAGAAAUGCGUUGAAUCCAAAACAAGUCGGUCAGCAAUAAGCAUGUUGUUCAUCAUUAAACCUCUUCGCGCAAACUUACGUUCAUUUCUUUCGUGUUUCAAGUGUGUCGACUGUCCUUCCUCCGGCCCCAUGAGCCACUACCUACGCGCACCUCCAAAUUCUCAUCUUGACAUCAUUCAGCCGGCAGAGUACGGCCUCCGACGCCUAGCAUAA